AUGAAUGUCACGUCCGGAAACGACGCAGAAACGAAUGGGUUGGAGCUUUUCCUCCCCUCGAUGAGCCACAUAAUCGCUGCGCUCGCAACAGGACUCUUCGGGAUACUCGCGUUCUUGUCAUAUUCACCAAGUGUUGAGCCAAGGUCCCCACCUUUCACUUCGGAUACUUAUCCGUUUAUUGGGUCAUGGGGUUUUGUCUCCCAGCAAUGGAACUGGUGGCAAAAGUCCACGGCCGAGUCUAAGGCGCGCGGAGACAAAGGCCACUUCAGCUUCUGGCUGGGCCAUCGCCAUGUAGUCGGUGUUUCAGGCGAGGCCGGCCGCAAGCUCUUCUUCGAGGACCCAAGAAUGGACUUUGCUAGCUGCGCCAUCAUACGAGCAAAUGGAGAGAACUUCCCACCCCCGAUACAUCAAAUCUUUAGGCCUCCACCUGGCGUCCCCCAAGGUCGCGCGGACUCUUUUUUCCUGCGUCUCCUUCUUGCAUGCCAGAAGACAGAUCACCUGAAAAAGUAUCUCCCUCGCAUCCUCAGGGAUGCCCGUGUUGGCUUCGAAAACCUGCCCCGGACAGCAGCUGGUGUCACAAGGCCGGCGGACGAUUGCUACCGCAUCGUCUUCACCCAGGACGCCCGCCUGUUCUGUUCAGACGAGAUUGCAGACGACCCGCAGCUGAACGCGAGUGUGGCAAAAUACGCGCGAUACCUCUUGCAAACCCACAGCAACUGGAACGUGCUCUAUAACCGGCUGCCCUCUCCCUCCUGGGCGUCCCGCCGCAUCGUGCGCUAUCGCUUUUACACCCUCCUGCAGACUCUGAUUAACGAACGGAUUAGCGGGAAGACGCCGCGCAAGGACGACCCUAUGCAGACGUCGAUCGACAAGGGCACCAGCCUGGACUGGAUGGUCGAGUCGUUUCUCACCGCGCUGUUCGUGGCCCCCGCGAACUCGAGUAUCAUGACGGCGCAGAUGCUGAAUAUUAUGGCCAUUCACACGGACUGGCAGGCAAAGAUCUAUGGCGAGAUCCAGGCGGCCGCCGCGGCCCAUUCGACCAACAAGGACAAGGGCGCGUCCCUGUUGGACAAGCUGGACUCGAUGCCGCUGGAGAGCUGGGAGACCUCGUUCCCCUCGAUCGAGCUUUGCCUCCGGGAGGUGAUCCGCAUGUGGACCUCGUUCAACAUGGGCCGCCUCAACACGUCGAAGGAGCCUGUCCCCAUCCCCGGCUCGGAUCACGUCGUCCCCGGCAACACCUUCAUCGUGUACAACUCGACGGAGGUGAACUUCAGCGAGAAGCUGUAUCCUAACCCCUACAAGUUCGACCCAGGCCGGUUCCUCGAGGGCCGCGAGGAAUAUAAGCAGGAGACCAAUAGCUUUACCGGGUGGGGCAUGGGCCGUCAUCCGUGCACGGGUAUACGACUGGCCAAGGUCCAGCAGAACAUUGUCAUCGCGUACGCCCUGGCCAUGUAUGAGUGGGUGAGCUGCGACAAGGACGGCGUUCCGACCCCCCACGCCAUUCACGUGAAGAUGUUAAACAGCGAGAAGGCCGCCGUGUUACCUACUGCUUACACGAAGCUGGUGCCUCGAAAGCAGGCCUGA